CCAAAGCAUCCGACUAUUUGAUCGAUUUCUGCUUUCUCUGCAAAGAAGCAAGCAACAGGGGAAGAAGAUGAUACAUUUAGGUGGAUUGACAUGUUGCGUAAGCGGCGGCGUUCUUUAUCUUCUCAGUAUGAUACCAGGCAGCUUUUUUGAGAUGCUCAAUUCAGUCACUAGGGUUCACCAGAUCAAGGAUUUGGAGAAAUUGCUACAAGUAGAGGGAAAGAUCAUCGCUGUCUCAGGAAUCGUUGGCUCUCACACACCUAUCAAGUGUGAGCACAGUGACACACUCUGUGUUUUUCUCGAGGAAAAGGCACAACAACUUUUCUUGAAACGUAAUUGGUUGUUUUCAUGGGUUGAAGAUAGUAAAUGGAUGCUUCCACAGACUAAGGAAGUCCCGUGGUAUCUGGACGAUGGGACAGGUUGUGUGAACGUAGUGGGAGCUGAAAAUGCAAUAGCCUUGGCAUUGAAGGCCGGAGGUGAAGUAUUUGAAGGGUCAAAGCCGUCAUCUGAUUGUCUCAAAGGCCUCGUGAUGCUUGGAGUAAGACGCACUGAGCAUGUCCUCCCAAUUGGUACACCCGUUACAGUUGUUGGUGAGGCUGUUAAAGACGGUAUCCGGGGUUUCAGGAUUCAAAAACCCGAGAAGGGACUUUUCUUUGUCUCACCUGUACCGCUCGAUAAGAUCAUCUCUCCGUUGGGAAAGUGGUUAAGGAGGUUCAAAUAUGUCUACGUAGGUUUAACUGUUGUUGGUGUGAUUCUGAUUUCAAAGCCUGUGAUUGAGUAUAUUCUAGAGAGAAGGCGGGGGCGAUUGUUACGGAAAAGAGUUGCUGAUGCAGCUGCUAAGAGAGCCAAAUUAGUAGCUAGAGGAUUGGAAACUCAACAUGAGAACAGCUUAGAUAGUACAAGCAGAGAUAGAAAUGUACUUGAUCUCUGUGUGAUCUGCCUUGAGCAGAAGUAUGACGCAACUUUUGUAAAGUGUGGUCAUAUGUGCUGCUGCUUUACAUGCUCCUUGCACGUGAAGACCUGUCCUCUUUGCCGGAGACUAAUAGAACUUGUUUUGAAGAUUGACCGCCGUUGAAACAGCUCUCACCUUUGGACUACUAUACCUUCUGGUCUACUAAAGCCAUGAUCCAAUAAAGUCUUGUAUACGAC